GCCAGUUUACUUCCUCUGAAACGGGUCGCGUUGUAAUUUUUCAAGUCGGGCCAAACCCGACCCGAUUCGGUCUCUUUUGCCCCAUAUUAGAUCCAAUCUUACUCCGGUCUUCAGUAAGCUUCCAUCUUCGCCACAAAACCGAAACUGUGCGAGCAGCCAGUGUGGAGUGUAAAUGGAGACAGCAUUGAAUGAAAGCACACUGCAGUCGGUUGAUGAACAUCAUCCACUUGAUCAGCAGCAUCCAUUUGAGCAGCAGCAUCCUGUUGAGCAGCAGCAUCCUGUUGAUCAGCAGCACGUAGUUGAUCAAGAGCAUUCAGUUGAUGAAGUGCAUUCAGUUGAUCGAGAGCAUUCAGCUGAUCGAGAACUUUCAGUUGAUAAAGAGCAUUCAGUCGAUCAAGAACAUUUAGUUGAUAAAGAGCAUUCAGUUGAUCAAGAGCAUUUAGUUGAUAAAGAGCAUUCAGUUGAUGAAGAGCAUUUAGUUGAUCAUAACCAGGACAACAUGGUUGCUGAUGUCUCGAAUCAUGGAGUUCCAGAACCAAAUCCUGAUUUUAAUGAAGAAGAAGUUAGACACACACUGGAAGUCAUUGCAUCCACCGGGAAGUUUUGGCAUGAUUGGGACAAACUGAAGAGCAUGCUAUCCUUUCAGCUGAAGCAGGUCCUGUCAGAAUAUCCCGAGUCACAAAUGACUACUGAGCAGCAGACUGCUUCUAUAGGAGAAACUUACCCUGAACUGUUGAAGAAAUUGGAUGACGCACUUCUAUCUUUCGUUGAAGGUCCUCCAUUUACCCUGCAGAGGCUUUGUGAGAUCCUUUUGGCUGCACGAAGUAUCUAUCCAAAUCUCUCAAAGCUUGCUUUGGCACUUGAAAAAAAUUUGUCAGUGACAUCCACACUGACUGUUUGUACCGAUCCAUAUCCGCAAACACCGAUGCAAGCUCCAAAUGAAGCAGAAAAACCAAGUGAAGAACUCCAGUUGCAAUCAAAUUCAGUACAGAAUGGGGUUGAACCUAUCGUUGAAGACAGGGACGAGAUAAUGGCCGAGGUAGAUCAGGGUGAUAUUGAUGAUGAAAUGACCAUUGAUAUGGAAGCUUUAGAGGAGAUAGUCGGAUCGUCAGAAACAAAUGCCACACCGACAGCGAAUUCCUAGGUUUGCAGUUAGUCUUUCCAGUUGAUUUCAUACCCGUCUUUACAGAUCUCAUGGUUCCAUAAAUUGUUGCUUAGAGAGGGACAUGGCUGAGGUUCAUAUUUCUACAAGUUGUAUUGAAUGAUGGGGUUGGUAAACCUUCAACUAAAAGGAGCAAGGAAAAUGCUAGAUUCUUUUUACAUGAAAUCACCACAAAAUAUUGCUAUUCUUGUAUUUCCUUGGAUGCUAUGCAUUUUGAUCCAUGAGAAUUGAGGAUUCUUGGCUUAUAAAAUCUAAAAUGUUUCAGUCGCCUUGGUAAGUUUAUGAAUGCUAAAACAAUU